CCUUAAAUUAAUCGAUUAGCCGACUGUUGGCUUAUAUCGAUAAAUGUAGCGCUUUCGAUGCGCAGGCUAGAAUCAUUGCUUGAAUCCUGCUUGAAGCUGGAAGCUUUCGCUUUCGCUUUCGCUUUUGCCUUUCACUUUCAACUGUGCGAAGAAAGCAACAAAACAUUUGACGACUGUCAACUGCUGACAACGCUUCGCAUCCCUCUUUUUUUUGUGUGUGUGUGCUGUGUUGUGUUGUGGAUGCUGUGGAUGCUGUUGUCAAAUAAUCGAGUGUAAACAAACCGGAAAUCCUUAUCUCGAAUUUAUUUUUAUUUAUUAUGCGCGCAGCAACAACAAAUUCACAAGUGUCAAACAUGCACAUAAAAUAAAAAAAACAUACGAAAUAAAAAAAAGCUGUUGCAUACUUUUGCGCGCCAAAGUGAAAUCAACGUUUAAUUCGAGCAAACAAUUAUGUGUGUAUGCAUGUGUGUGUGUGUACAUGCAUGCUUUUAUGCAAGAAACCAGUGUAAUUAAGUUAUCUAUACAAUUUGUUGUCGAGGGCAAUGCGGAUAACAGAAUUGGACAGCAGAUGACCCAACUCAAAAUCAAAUUCAAGUUCAAGUUGAUGUUACUGACAGCACACAUAGCACUAACUGAAUUCUCUUUUGGCCACAAUGACGACCGCUAACAUUGACUACGAUUAUUUGCUCAAGUUCCUUGUACUCGGCGAUUCCGGCGUGGGCAAAACGUGUCUCCUCUAUCAAUAUACGGACGGAAGAUUUCACACCCAAUUCAUAUCCACGGUGGGCAUCGAUUUCCGUGAAAAGCGACUGCUUUACAGCUCACGUGGACGUCGUCAUCGCAUCCAUUUGCAGAUCUGGGAUACGGCUGGACAGGAGCGUUUUCGAUCGCUGACAACAGCAUUUUAUAGGGAUGCGAUGGGAUUUCUGCUGAUCUUUGACUUGACCAGCCAGAAAUCGUUUUUGGAGAUCAGCAAUUGGCUGGAGCAACUGCGGAUGCAUGCGUACACCGAGGAUCCGGACGUGGUGCUCUGUGGCAACAAGUGCGAUCUGUUGAAACUCCGUGUCGUCAGUCGGGAGCAGGUGUCCGCCUUGGCGCAACGUUAUCGAUUGCCCUACAUCGAGACAUCGGCCUGCACCGGGGCCAAUAUUCAACAGGCUGUGGAACUGCUCGUCGGUCGCGUCAUGGAACGCAUCGAAAAUGCCGUCGGCAAUCGCGAUUUCUCUUUAUUGAUGACCCAAAACCGUCGAUUGCCCAACAUCGCCUACGGUCCGGAUCUGGUGCGUCUACAUCAGACGAAUCCCACCAAUUCGACGCAACAUCGCAAUUGCAACUGUUAAGCACUGUCCCGGAACGGAAUGGAAUGGAACGAAACAAAGCGAAUCCGAUUUGAUGAGAUUUUCCCCAGUUUUCCCUUAGCUUUAUUACCGUUUCUAUGUGUGCGUAUGUUGACUGUAAAUAAAUGUUUGUUUGUUGCUUGUUGAAU